AUGCCUCUGGCAGAGGAGAUCACGGCGCGUGGCGAGGAGAGGUGUCAUUGGCGCAAAGCAUGCUCUGCUGAAACGGUGGGAGUGCAAUCAGACAGGACGAGUGGAGUGUCCGCCACGUCGGCUCUGUAUGUGUGUCAGUCAACGAUAUUAAAGGAUGGCAAAGAUGAAGAUGUCAAGAAGAAGAUGUCGAGGUCGCGCUUCCCACUAUGGAGUUGA